UCGAUCGAGCAGCUACUAGCUAGCAGCGAUCAAGCCAAGCUACACAAGGACAUGGGUGCGCUUGGCCUCCUCCUCGUGAUGGCAGCAGCCAUGGUAGCGGCGGCGGCGGCAGCAGCAGCAACGGCGAGCGCUCCUCGCCCCUUCUUCGUGUUCGGCGACUCCCUGGUGGACAGCGGCAACAACAACUACCUGGCCACCACGGCGCGGGCCGACUCGCCGCCCUACGGCCUCGACUACCCGACCCACCGCGCCACGGGCCGCUUCUCCAACGGCCUCAACGUCCCUGACAUCAUCAGCGAGCACCUCGGGGCCAAGCCCGUGCUGCCCUACCUCAGCCCCCACCUCGACGGCCACAAGCUGCUCGGCGGCGCCAACUUCGCGUCCGCCGGCGUCGGCAUCCUCAACGACACCGGCAUCCAGUUUGUGAACAUCAUCCGUAUCCAGAAGCAGCUGCGCUACUUCGAGCAGUACCAGAGCAGGGUGCGGCGGCUGAUCGGCGAGCCGGCGACGCAGCGGCUGGUGCGGAGCGCGCUGGUGCUCAUCACGCUCGGCGGCAACGACUUCGUUAACAACUACUACCUGCUGCCCUUCUCCGCCAGGUCCCGCCAGUUCGCGCUCCCGGACUACGUGCGCUACCUCAUCGCCGAGUACAAGACCAUCCUCCAGCAGCUCCACGGCCUGGGCGCCCGCCGCGUCCUCGUCACCGGCUCCGGCCCGAUCGGCUGCGCGCCGGCGGAGCUCGCCACGCGGAGCGCCAACGGCGAGUGCGACCUGGAGCUGCAGCGCGCCGCCGCGCUCUACAACCCGCAGCUGGUGCAGAUGACCAAGGACCUCAACGCGCAGUUCGGCGCCGACGUGUUCGUCGCCGUCAACGCGUACCGGAUGCACAUGGACUUCAUCUCCGCCCCGGCGGCGUACGGCUUCGUCACGUCCAAGGUGGCGUGCUGCGGCCAGGGCCCGUACAACGGCGUGGGGCUGUGCACCGCCAUGUCCAGCGUCUGCCCCGACCGCUCCCUCUACGCCUUCUGGGACAACUUCCACCCCACCGAGAGGGCCAACCGCAUCAUCGUCAGCCAGUUCAUGGCCGGCUCCCCGGACUACAUGCACCCGCUCAACCUCUCCACCAUCCUCGCCAUGGACGCCGCCGCAAUGCCAUAAUCCAUUACCCUACUAUUUUUCUCUAAGUGUGCCAGUGCAUCCGUGUGCACUAAAAAUUAUCUGCGUGAUUUUUAUUUAUCAUCCUCUGCCAUGUCUAGCAGAGUAUCCGUCCUCUUAAUUCGACCGAGUAGUCAAUAAAAAUAAUAA